GGUAUUCAUCAACGAACUGACGUGUGGCCAUCACUGCCGGAAAUAUACAAGUACGUUUAACUCCAUAGUGCCUCAUAGGUGUCAAAACGUGAAUUGAGGUCAUGGUAACACGUCGGGAUUUUGAUCCCUGAAGAUUGCGUACGCCUGAGCGGAAAUACCAGAGCCAAACAAAAGUGUUACCGUUGCUACAUUGGUUUGUCAAGGUAUCAGCGUGUCACAUGACCAACUCGCUCGGGUAGUCCACCUUCUGCGGCAAAUGCAGUAGCUAUUUCAUGCAGUGCUGGGAAUACAGCAUCAGGAAGGCUGGAAUACAUUCCUCGAUCUUAAAAGCUGUACUACUUUUAAAUCAUUAUAUAGAUUCUGGAGCUUUCUGGGCUGCUUAGGACUGCUAGAUAAAAUACCGAAACUCCACCUUUCCAGUCUGCCCAUCACGAUUAUCUCAAAGCAGGAAGUUGUUUCAUAAGAAUCGCUUUAUUUAGCUCAUUGUUUGUCAGGAAUGGUUUACGCAUUGGAUGGAACAGUCAUUCAAACCGAAAGACUGACAGGAGAUAUGGGCAGUGAAUCCAUUAGUGAUCGUAGUUGUAUCGGCAAUCCUCAUAUCGGCUGUAUAAAUAGUAGUACCGAAUUUGUAAGACCAUGUAAGUCACCAACUUCUGCUACGGAGACAGACCUGAAGAAAACGGACAAUAAAAAGUACAUUGGAAUUGCUGAAUCCUGUGUUCCUGAUGUAAAUGGAACAAGCAACUUGUUCAGUAACUUUGAGUGUUUCUCUGACUCAACCAUAGAAGGACAAUUUACAGAUCCAGACUGUUCAUUCAGUUCCGAAGAUUUUUCCCACUUCAUUGAAUUUACAGACAGUGACAGGAGCUGUCCUGUGGAAUGGAAAACAUUUGAAGGUAACAUGUGGUCAAACGAACAGAACAAUAGUACUAUCAGUCACGAGGAGCAUGUUCCUGACCAGUCUGCUGAUAAUAAUUUGUGGCCAUCCCAUUCCUCAGCGAAGGACAAUGAGAAGACUAAAGAAACCAUUAAGAGUUGUUUUCCUGCCAUACCAGUCCAAUGUUCAACAGAAAGUGUAAAACGACUUGACCAGCUUUUUGACUUAAAUUCAGAUGAAAGCAAUGAAGAUGGAGAGAAACAGAAAAAAUCAUGUCCAAUACACUGGAAAUAUUUUCAAAGUGAUGAUUGUACACUGAGUUCCAGAUAUCCAUGGGAAGAAUCACAUUGCUAUGAAAGACUUUUAUCUUCUCUUAGAAUUGACCCUAGCAGAAAAGUGAGUAUGUUGCAGUAUUGCAAAGCUGAUUUUUCCUUAAUAAAUGACCAAAGUGUACUGCACAUGGUAUAA